GCCGGGCCGGACCGGGCCGGGGGGUGGCACAACAAAUAUGGCGGCGGCGGGAGGCGGGAGCGGCGCGGGGCGGCGGCGGAGACACCAACAAAUGGAACACAAAUUAACUUAAGCCUAGAGGAGGCUGGUGACACCAGAAGAAGAGGGUUUUUUUCCUUAUAACUCAUAGAGGAUUGGGAAGAGUAAUGGACUCACAUUUCCUUUUUACUCCUUCUCGGGAAAGUGGAGAAGCUGUGCUCUGUGCUUUUCAUCUGAUGUGUUGGGGUACGUUUUAGAGGAUGUUUGCUACUUAGCAGGGAUCUAAACUUCAGGCACGAGAGGUUGUAAAUGAAAGCGUCAGUAUGGGGGAAAAGAAGGCAGAACCGUUGGAUUUUGUGAAAGAUUUUCAGGAAUAUCUGACCCAGCAGACUCACCAUGUCAAUAUGAUUUCUGGAUCAGUUACUGGUGACAAGGAAGUAGAGACUCUCCCAGCAGCUGGGACAGAAGGUGAUCAGAAUGGGCUGGAUCAUCCUUCUGUUGAAGUUUCACUGGAUGAAAACUCAGGAAUGUUGGUGGAUGGCUUUGAAAGGACUUUUGAUGGGAAGUUAAAGUGUCGCUACUGCAACUACGCCAGCAAAGGAACAGCACGGCUCAUAGAGCACAUCAGGAUUCACACAGGGGAGAAGCCACACAGGUGCCACCUGUGUCCCUUUGCCUCGGCCUACGAGCGUCACCUGGAGGCUCACAUGCGCUCCCACACCGGGGAGAAGCCCUACAAGUGUGAGCUGUGCUCCUUCCGCUGCAGCGACCGCAGCAACCUGUCCCACCACCGCCGGCGCAAGCACAAGAUGGUGCCCAUCAAGGGCACCAGGACUUCCCUCAGCAGCAAGAAGAUGUGGGGGGUUCUGCAGAAGAAGACCAGCAAUUUGGGGUACAGCAGAAGAGCAUUAAUUAAUCUGAGUCCGCCUUCCAUGGUGGUGCAGAAACCAGACUACCUUAACGAUUUCACCCAUGAAAUCCCCAACAUCCAGACUGAGGCGUACGAGAGCAUGACAAAAACGACUCAGAGCGGUGGCUUGCCAAGGGAUCCCCAGGACCUGAUGGUGGAUAACCCCUUAAACCAGCUCUCCACAUUAGCAGGGCAGCUGUCCAGCUUGCCACCUGAAAACCAAAAUCCAGCCUCUCCUGAUGUUGUUUCCUGUCAAGAUGAAAAGCCUUUCAUGAUACAGCAGCCUGCUGCACCUGCAGUAGUUUCAGGUGUGUCAGCAAAUAUUCCUCAGAAUUCCUCUCCGACCAGCCCUGACUCGCGGCCCGCACACAAUCAAAGGAACUACAGCCCCGUGGCAGGGCCCAGCAGUGACCGCAGUGCCCACACCAGCACCCCCAGUAUCAGCAACAGCCAGCCCAGCACUCCAGCUCCAACCCUGCCAGUGCAGGACCCUCAGCUCCUGCACCACUGCCCUCACUGUGACAUGUACUUUGCGGACAAUAUCCUGUACACCAUCCACAUGGGAUGCCAUGGAUUUGAGAACCCUUUCCAGUGUAACAUUUGUGGGUGUAAGUGUAAAAACAAGUACGACUUUGCUUGCCACUUUGCGAGAGGCCAACAUAAUCAACAUUGACUGAGAACGUGCUUUGGUUUAGUUUUUUAACAUAUUACACUCUAUUUUUCAUACUUGCUGAUGGAAAGCUUGCACAUUCCCACAGGGAAUCUUCACAUUAAUGAAUUUGACAAAGGAAGCAAAUUGAUUUCCAUGUUCUUGGAAAACUUGCCAGGAAAAUUUUGUAUCAGUUUCAAUUGCUGUUUUAUAUGUAGCCUUCCAAAAAAAGCCAAGAGUGCUGUAAGGGUUGGAAUGCAUUUACAUGCUGUGGUUGCUAAAUUUAAGUUGCUUGUACUUAAUCCCAAUAAAUAUUCUGCAAGGAGCAGAGCGUGUGUCCUGAACCAUAGGAUGUAAUUCCCAAUUGUUUACUAGACAAGAUAAGAUGUAUUAUCCAUGAAAUACAAAAGGUCAAUGAAAUGCCACAUUAUGUAGACAGGGCAAGGGAAAAUGGCUUCAUGGUGGCAGAGGGCAAGGUUAGAUGGAUAUUGGGAAGGAAUUGUUCCUUGUGAGAGUGGGCAGGCCCUGGCACAGGGUUCUCAGGGAAGCUGUGGCUGCCCCUGGAUCCCUGGAAAUGUCCAAGGCCAGGCUGGGGCUUGGAGCAGCCUGGGACAGUGGAAGGUGUCCCUCCUUUAAGGUCCCUUCCAAUCCCAACUAUUCUAUGACUUUGGAGAAAUCCUUAAAAACCUGGCUAUUCAAACAAACAAGCAUUUUUCACAUAUGAAUUCAAUUUGAUGUAAAAGUUGCUUUCAUCUGGUGAUUAAUACAUUUUUGUUUAAUAUAGUCUAAACUCUUCAUGCUAGGACUUAAACACUAAUUUAAGUAUUAGCACAAAACUUGAAGAUGAGUUUUAUUGUGAAUAAAACUAUGGUAGGAAAGAAAAGGAGCUAAAAGCCUGUCAUUCAUGAGUUACAGAAGCAAAAAAGAUACCUUAUUUUACCUACACUCUAUAAAUUUUACAUGCCAUUGUUUUUCAGAGGAGGGAAUUUUUAAGAGAUAAGGAAGAGCCUCUAGAACUAGUGUAUAUUCUGUGAGAUUUCUAACUGCCUUAAACUGAGUUGUACAGAUAUUUAAGAUUUGCACAAUUAGACUUCUGUCCUGCUGAUAGAAGUUCUGAUAGAAACAAACAAGAAGUUUACAAAUUAAAACUCCUUUGUUCAGUUUUAUGUUGGGCCAGGCUUCAACUAAGUUGCCUGUAUUUUUGAGAGUUGUAUAAUCCAGUUUAUUGUAAAUUUCAGCUGCCUUGAAGGCCUGGUUUGUCUCCUCUCCCAGGUUUGAUGUCCUUUGGGUGUGCUGAGAAUAAGGGGAAGAACCUCUGGCUUUCUCUGGGCUCCAUGUAGGAUGCCAAGGAAAACUGGCUGACUACACUGAAGUUGUUUUUAGGAAUUGUAGAUGGCAAAUGGUACCUGAACUUGUUUUGUUUCAUAGUCUACACUCAUCUUUAGAAGCCCUCAGGCUAAAGGACAGGCACUUUAACAUAAACCUGAAUAAAACAUCUAAUUGAAAUUAGUAAUAACUUUAUGUGCUAGAUAAGAAUUUGAGAUGUUAAAAAUAAAGGAAGAACUGUUACUUCUCCCAUAUUUAGACAUGCACUUUUACCUUGGUUUGUCCUACUUGAGACAAAUUAAAGCUUUUCUUAUGUAUUCCUCUUUUCCUAUCAGCAAACCAUAUUUUGUUAAAAGCAAGAUGAUUUUAUUAAUGUUCCACAAGUCAGAAGUUGGAAUCUGAAUAGCAAAUGUUUGGCUUAUUCAAAUUUAUAUUGUUAUGAGAACUAAAACAUCAUUAAAUUAAUGGAAAAACUUAGAGUGAUCAGGGUGAGAUCAAUGCAGGAAAACCACCUGUGGAAGAAUUUUAGCUGUAGAAAUAAUUUUGACUUUAAUUAAAUAGAAAUUUGUAUACCAGGCACGUUUCUGUCUACCUGGCUGACCUACUGUUGAAUUUCUGUGCUUGAGGAACUGGGUUUUUGGCUGUGCAGUUUUGUAGUAAUGAGGUCAGAAAUCUGCCACUGAAGUGGUUCCAGUGUAGUGAAGAUGAACAAUAACACUGUCACUCCUAAAAAUUGUUUCCAUUUUUAUUUAUGGUUCAGAAUUUGUUUUGCUGGAUUUGUAAGACAGAAUGUAAUUUCCAUUUGUCAUUAGGACACACUGUAAUUCCAAAAUAUUUCAUUGUUGUUUUAUACUUUUUAGAUUUAUUUUAUAAGUAAAACUGCAAGUCUGUGUGUGUAAACAUCCUUUAUUUUAAGAGCUGCAUCUUUUAUUUUAUUUAAAAGCUGAUUGAACUGGAAUCCAGUUAGAAGUUCCUGCUCCUGGACAGGUUUUGGAAUCAAUUUUUUUUCCAGUCAAAGAGGGCAGAAAGGGUGGCUCUCUUUGGAUCACACAUUGAACAAUUCCACAGUUUAAAUUUGGCUCAAACACAGUGUUAGGAUAAGAGAUAUUUCUCUUGAAGACUUUACAGUUGGUAAUUUAUGGAAGUGGUUUUCCUUGCCUUUUUGACAGAUGGUGCAAUCUCCUAUUCCUAAGCUCUGGAGGAGUUUAGGAGUUUUCCAAGGAAACUUGUGGAGUGGUGCUGCUGCAGGGAGCACCUGACAGAACUGAGUGAUCACAGCAGCCAAGUUCUCCUUGGUUUGUGGUUUUUUCCCUCCUGGUCUUGUAGGGAGAGUAAUUCCCAUGUGCACAGAUGUGGUUUCUGACCCACUGGGGCUUCUAUUGGCAGUGUUAACAUUGUUAGAGGCUUUUCUUUGUCUCAUGAUUUGGUGAUAUAGAGAAAUGACUCCUGAACCACAAUGCUUGAACAAAAUUAAGGGUAGGUCACUAAUGGAGGAGUUGGGAGCAAGAGGAAGCCUGCAGGAUCUCAUGGAAAAGGGGCCCUUGUUCAGGAGGGGAUCCUGCUGUGGGAAAUGUAUGUUCUUAAAAACAGAACUCAGUAUUAAAAAAUCUAUCCCCAAGCCUUGCAGAUGGUGGUUUGAAGGAUUUUCUGCUGCUGCCUGGGUUCUGCUCUUGAGUAACUGAAGGAAAGAUUAGUUGGGACAUCCAUGAACAGCUGAGGAAUGAAAAAACUCUUUUCCCUGUUUCCUUGGGCAAACUCCUCGUUGCAGGGGGGUUCUUGGGCAGCAGCAGCUUUGGUGCUCAUCCCAGAUCCCUGGGCUGGAUCCCUGUCCUUCCCAGGACUAGGAUUAUGUUCCACAAUUACACUGUGUUCAGUUGUGCCAAACAAUGCCCUGACAUCAUUGUCCCCUUCUGUCAACUGAGGAGCUUUGGAAGGUGUAUUUUCCUACUUUUCCUGAUUUAUACAUGCUAUUGAGUAUAAUUUAAAGAUCAGAGCUGGUACUGGCAGAUUCUUUCCAAGUACGAUUCCUUGCACAAGCAGACCUUACCCAGAGACUUGUCCAUUGAGUCCUUAGUUAAAAGAACUUUUCAUAUUGAGUCCUCCAUGUGCUACACUGCAUUUCCUUUUUUUUUUUUUUUUUAAACCCAGAUCCUUAUAUUAUAAGGUAAUGAGUGAUUAACAUUUUAACUGUUACUAAUGGAAGUUUGGGAAGGAGAUGGAAUUCUUCCAUAGCUUGGUUAAGUUCUGUAGUUGUAAACAUGAACUUUGUGGGGGUUUUGUUUUUAUUGUCAUAGCUUGUUUUAUAGCCUUGUGGACAUUUCUAACAUGCACUAUUUACAGCACUCUUAAUACCCAUUUACUGUUUGGAGACUGAAUAUUCCAAUGAACACUCAAAUAUUUGAACAGCCUCAUUAUCUCAGUUAAUACUUCAUUUGUGAAGGAGGCAAUAGGAAAAAUAAUUCUUUUUUCACAGACACAUAUUUAGAUAAAGAGGAUUUAGACAUAAAAUGUUGAUUGGCAUUUUAAUGUAAAACUCAGAGCUGGGAGACACUUUCCAGCAGUGUUUUCCAGCCAAAUAAUCUGUUUGUUUUGUUCCAGGACAUUUUGGGUGUUUGUUUUUUGUUUCUUUUUGACAAAGGGAAUGUAAUUUAGAAGUCUUCACUGGCAAGUUUUCUACUAAUUUUAAGCUUCUUUGAAAAGCAAGUGGAUGUUCUGCUGCAGGAAAUCUCUCUCCUGCUAAAGCAAUUUUCACUAAGCAAUCUUUGUGUAUGUGCUUCUAAGUACCUACUUUGUUAAUAAUAUGUAUUUCAGUGUAAAGAGCAGAUUUUAUGCAAAAACGAAACCUGUUAGAGUUGUAAAAUAAAUUUUCAUGUUAGUGAACGUUUUUGAUGACAAGGUUAAUUCUGAAAUAACUCUAUCUCGUGUAGUUCAUGUUGUGAAACUUUGCUUUUGUAAGAUAUGAAUAAAAUAACACUUUCUAA